UGACAUUUUCCUUCGCUCCAUUCAUUCGCUCUGUCUGUGCGCUUACUUCACAUAGUUUUGUUGUGUCAAAGUACUAUUUAUGUUUUUCAACUUUAAACAAAUCGUGUGAAUUCCUUGGAUACAACUGAAAAUGUCUCGGUCAGUUAGGGCAGAAACACGUAGCAGAGCUAAAGAUGACAUCAAACGAGUCAUGCAAGUCGUGGACAAAGUCCGGCAUUGGGAGAAGAAAUGGGUUACAAUCGGAGACACUACAAUGAAAAUUUUCAAAUGGGUUCCAGUUUCUCAAAUAGAAAUGGUGGUAAACAUUCACGAUAAUUGUUCUAGACUGUUUUUGGCUAACCAGGUGUGUAAUAUUCAACAGAAAAAGAAGGGAAAAGAUUCGAAAAUGAACAAAGAAAAUGACACCUCCAAAAAAGAGACAUCUUUUAUCAGUUUCAGUGGAGAAGAUUCAAACACAAGUUUUUCCCUGACAAGUGAAUCUCAAGGUCCACUUGACUUUGCAUCCACACAGCUCAUGGCGUCAGAAGACUCCAAUUCUUUGUAUGAACCCGGAGUGAAGAGAUUAAAAAUGGAAUGACCAAGUAUGUCUUGAUUAAUUUUAUGCUAAAUGUCAAAAAUGUGUGCAAAAUUUCAUAAUGGAUACUCUUAAUAAAUAGUUUUUUAACAAAUCUCA